CGUUAAGUGAUCAGAUUUGGAAAAACAAUACAAAAUAGUCAAAACAACAUUCGGGUACUCCAUGUAUACUAAGCCGCGUGAAAAAUUUAAGAAAGGAUUAUUAAUACCUAAACCAGAAUAAAUUUCAGGGUCUGGAUGUUUUGAUAAUUUGUCAGCUUCCAAGUAUGCAUCACGGGCAAGCUGGUAGCGUCCUUGUCGAUAACUGCAACAAUAUAUUUCACACUUAUUUCCGAAACGUAGGUAUUUAGUAGGAAGCUAAAUAAUAAAGGCUUUGAUAGGAAUAUAAUUUAAAAAAAGGGCGUGCGUACAAAGUACACAAUACACAUGUCAGAAGUGAAACUUCUUUGUAAAUUAAUUAUUACUAAGGUAAAGACCCCAAUAGAUGAUCAAGUACCAGUAUAUUAUCACUCCAUGUACUUGUAUAUCUAUAUUCACACAGCCUUACUAAUAAAAAAUCAAUAUACAUGCGUUAUAACAAGGUGAUAGUUAUCCAGUGAAUAGAGUUUGUACAGCGCAUAAACACCUCUCUGACCAAUAAUCGAUGUGUAUAACUAAACGACCCUUAUUUAUUGUUACCCUGGCAACCGUCGCGGCCGUGUUUGUUUGACGUUUGGUUUUCGUGUUUUUUUGUAUUGUCGAAACCUCAAAUUAUUAAAUGAGUACAGAAAAUAAAGUAAAAAGGGUGCGAGCCCCUAACUGGGAAACUGUGGAAAAGAAGCUGUUGAGGGAGGUAUUGGCGGACUACGUCGAUAUAAUCGAAGACAAAUGUACAGACACAAAUACUAAUAAACGGAAAUAUCAUGCUUGGCAGAAGGUAUUUGAAAGGUUCAAUGAGCUCAACCUAAGACAACGGGCAUUAGUGGAGCUUAAACAACAGUGGCGAAUGAACAAAGUAGAUGCCAAAAAAUUAAAGAGUGAACACCGCAUUGCCAAAAACAAAAUUGGUGGUGGCGGACCACCAGGUGAAGACACCAUUAACUUGGUAAAACUGCUGCCACUGGUGGACUAUAACCAAUUUGAUAGUGAUGCAUCGCAAAAACUAAUAGAAACUUCAAAACCUCAGACAAAGAGGAAUAGAAUUCUACGUUCUGCAGUGCAAAAGUUGGGCGAGGCAUCUCAAAUAGUGGAAAGUGCCAAUCUCAGCAACACGGCAGUGAUCCAGUGUUUGCUAAGGCAGAUGGCUGAAACACAUGAGCUCAAACAGAAGCAACUUGCCGAAGCUCACGAAUGGGCUAGACAGGAGCAUCUUCUAAGGCUCAAAUUAUUACAGCAGCAAUUAAAUGAAUAAUUAUAUUUACUUAUAAAAAAAAUAAAACCUCUGUUUUAAAUGAAA